GUGGGCGGGUCCGGGCGAGGCCACGUCCCCCGGCGACGGUAUGGCGGCAGCCAUGGCGGCCACCGAGCGAAGAGCUAGAAGAGCCGCGACGCGGGAGGCUCUGUCGCUGUCGUCCUUGGCGCGGACGUCGCUCUUUCUUUUGCUCCUGGCCUUGCCGCUUCGGGGCCACCUUCCAACCGAUAUUGCACCUAAAGCAGAAAUACCUCAGAACUUUAAGUCAAUUCAUAAGGAUGAAAAACAGAAUUUAUCAUCAAUUACACCUGCAACCAGUGAGAACAGUAUGAGGAAUAAAACAAAUGAAGAUAUGCUCCCAACUUUGAAAGUUGAUGCUUCUGUUGUACAUGCACCAACUCUAGCAGAAAAUGAAGUAGUCCAACCUCCUGUGUCAUUGUCAGAAACUCUUAGCAUUAAUCAACAAAAUAUUGAUGUUUCAGAAGAUGCAGAUAGUAAAGAAUAUGACAUGACAGACAGAAAUACAUUUACUAGUUCCCUACCAACAUCAAAGGAACCUAAAGAUAUUUCUAAAGAUUAUGGCAUGUAUGAUAUGGCUUCUAAUUCUCAAAAUAAUCAAGAUGACCAAGACAUAUCAGAAUUUGCAGAAGAGUUGGCAAGUAUGAGAAACUACGAGAAUAAGAAGUCAUUUGCUGAUAACAUGAAGGACACUACGGUCUCAAGAUUGGAAGAUGAUAGUCAUUUCUUUUUUCACCUUGUUAUUUUUGCCUUUUUGGUAGCUGUAGUUUAUAUAACAUAUCACAAUAAAAGAAAGAUCAUCUUGUUGGUUCAGAAUAGAAGAUGGAGAGAUGGGCUGUGCUCCAGAACAGUUGGAUAUCAACGUUUAGAUCAAAAUGUGAAUGAGGCUAUGCCUUCAUUAAAAAUUACCAAUGAAUAUAUUUUUUAAAAGUAGCAUGACCCAAAUUUACAGAAUUAGGAAUUUUCUUUGCCUCUCAAAAUAUAAUAUGGAUGAUUGCCAUAAGCAGUGAUGUGUGUACUCUCUUCUUGCUUUGAAGGUUUUAGCCUUAUUUGAGGGUAUGCAAAGUAAAUGUUUAUUUCGGUGAAAGUUGGUCAUCAUUUUUGUAUAUACAGCCAAUUGUUCAUCAGUUGAUUUAUUUUUCAUGUAUUCUCUGCCUGGAGCAGUUAGUAGUCUUAGCGAGAACUUUCCCAGUUGAUCAAUAUUCAACAUAUUAAAGAAUGUACGAGAUUCCCUAUUUGGCUAAUUGACCCUGUUGCUUUCUUAAUUCAAACUGCUUAAUACUACAUACAAUCAACCUAUCAGUAUAAUCCUAGCCAAAUUAUUUCUUAAAAGAUCAUGCUUAUAUUUCUUCUCUGGAACAUUUGCCUAAAGAAGCAUUUUAAGAGAAUAUGAUUUUUGUCACAUAUGCUGAUCAAUCGAUCUUACACAAUUCAGAAAUAUGAGGUCUGAUGAUUCUGACCUUAGUUUUUCUUAGCAAAAAAAAUUCUGUGAAAAAGAGGAAGCCCCACUCAGAAUGAAGACAAACUUUUUCAGGCUAGAAACUAGUGCCAAAAAAAAAAAAAAAGUCAUUUGCUUUUAGCAUGUUAAUAAGGUUUGUGAAGGCAUAUCUUUGUGAUAUUACAGAUGUUGAAGGCAUGUAAAUCUGGAAAAAAAAAAAGAUUGCAUCCAACUAUAUCAUUCUGCCAACAAGUGCAAGAUGAACAUGGGGGGCAGCACUGAUUCCUUUUUCCUCUUCAUUCCCGCUCUAUGCCUCCCCAAAAGUCUGGAGAAAAUUUGACAUAGUGCAAGGCAUGGAUAGAAAAAGAAUGGAAAGUCCCAUUGUACAAGUACAAGCUACUAUUGUGGAGGUUGAUUUGAACAAUUUAAAUAAUUUAGGAAUUAAUACAACCUGAUAAUUAGUUGCUGAUACUAGAAAAGAAGGAUUUGAAGCUGCCAUGGAGAAUAGUGCACCAUUUUCUUUAAUUUUGAAAUUUUUUUCUGCUUGAGGUGAAUGACGGAUUAUUGGUAUGGCUGCAACUUUUUUGAAUGCGUACUUUUGCUAUUUAUAUUGCUCUACAUAAAUUGUGAAAUAUUUGUUAGCAGUUUUACUUACUACAAAAUCCUGUUUGUGAGCUAUAACUUUAUCCUAGGGCUGAAAAACAUGUAAAUAAUGAACCAUAAUUAAUGACUUUAUUUUCAAGUGAUGCAAUGUUAUGAAAACUUUUAAAACUCUGAACUGAGAAAAUUUGCAGUGAGCAUGGUAUUUCUGUUAGUAAAUUAAGCAACUGAGCUUCUUAAUUUAGUAUUCUUAAAUGUGAGAAAGUGAAACACAGAAAUAUGUGGUAGGACUGUUUUCUUGCAGUAUUCUUAUUAUGAACUUAUUUUUCAUAAGAUUUUUCAAAUAAAUCCUAUAAUGUAACUAGUUUGAUUUGUAUACCCUUGUAGAAAAGUCUGUCUUGGCAAGGAUUGCAUAGAACACUGAACAAUACAGCAAUUGCCAUUAAUGUUAGAGCACCAGAAGAUUCAGUGGGAAAAAAUAUAUUGUGACUAAAAGAAGGGGCAAGUUAACUGCAAGGUUCAGUUUAGAAUUUCAUUCAGCUGAAGGCCAGUUGUUCAUGUCACAGUUUUACUUCUGAAAUGUGAGGCUUCAUUUGCUCCAGAGAUCACUGGAAAUCAAGAAAUGAAGCUACUUCUUUUGUUUCUUUGAUAGAAUUGGAUAAAUUUUCAGGCAUAGUACCAUUUCUGGAAGAUAAAACCUGGCAAAUGACAGAAUAACAUCUGGAAGGCUUUUAUGUGAAAGCAGCCUCUUCAGUUUGGAAGGAAUACCUAAAAAGAUUUGGUAACUUUUUAGGAAAAGUGUGUGUGUGUGUGUAUGCAUAAAUAAAUAAAUAGCUGGAGGGCUUUAGCAAUCACCAUGUAGACACACAAAGUCAAUAUCAAGUUCAUAGAAAGUUGUAUCAUUGUUUCUCUGAAUGAUAAAGAAACCAUGGAUCUGUGUAGAUAACAUGGAUUAACGUGUUACCUGGCAUGAGAACUGAAUUAGUUACAGAUAUGAAUCUGAUAGUUCAUAACACAGCAAGAAAUAUCCUUAUAUUUUCAGACAGGUCUUGCCUUGUCCUUAACUUUUACAUACUGGUAGUGGUCUUCACUUGGGUUGCCGCCUAGGUACUGAAUGUGAAAACAUUACAGUCAUUAGAGAUUUCUCUCCUAUAGGAAAUGGAGAGUACUUUAUGAGUGGUUUGCUGUCUUCUGUUAGCUUUUUACAUCCUCUUUAGAAUACAGACCAAGAUCUAUAAAUUCUACAGAUAAUUGCUCUAAGAUCUGUUUAUUCUCUAAAUAAUUAAAGAUGCCUGCCUUUGUAUAUCACCAGAAUCUGUAACUCUUAGUAGAUAUCUACUAAUAAUGAAUGGAUAUAGACCUCCCUUCUAUCUCAUGCUCACCAAAGCUCUUAUCUGAGCAAAUAGUGUACAAGACUCAUAUUUUGAUAAUCAUGGCAUAGUUAAACUAGGCUUCGCAUGACUUGUAAAAUGCUGACUAACUGAUUUUUAAAAAUGGUUCUUCUAAAAUGUAAAGAAGCUAAUUAUUAAUGAGGUAAGCAGAACUGUGACUGUUAGUGAUAAUAAGUAAUAAUAUGUUAGCUAUAAGUUUCAAAAGGAGAAAUGGUAACUAGGAAAGUCAGUUGAUAUCAUAUAGCUUCACCUACAAAAGCCAAAUAUUUGGGCUGUGCAAAGUAUUUGCGACGGCACGUUGCAGAGGUAUGGACAUGCCCAUUGACUAUGUUGCUUGAAGUAUCAAGGGAACUGCAUCUCGGAAAGGCACAGUCUUGGUAGAAUUUUCGCAUGGGUGGGAAUCCUGGUGGAAAUGGUUCCUGUGCAUGCUCAUAAAGGCCAGGAAAGGCCUCAGAGUAGCUAUGCCAAGCCUCCGAGAGAUGAUACUCAAGAACCUUGACACUUAGAGCAGUGCAUAGGAGGGGUACUUUGGCCAUUUUAUGAAAUGCUGUCCUGAAUGCCACCAGGUACAGUCCUAUAGAAAUAUUGUAUAAUGGACUUGAGGACUUCUUAUGUUUCCCAAAGGGAGAAAAUUAACUAGAUUGAAUGUUUAACAAGAAAGGAAAAUUCUCUAAUCAGGUUUGUUCACAAAUAAGAUAUGUAAUACAGCAACCAAGAUUCCAUUGAUUGGAGUGAUGAUGAUGAGAGUAUUUUCCCUUUCAUGUAUUUUCCCAGAACCCCACAAUAUUUGUACCAUUAACAUCUUAUAAAAGGAAUCUUAAAUUUUGGUUACCAAUGAACCUUUUGUUCUUUAAAACAAGUAUUAAAUAUUCACAAAUGGUUAAUUUUAGUUUGAACUAGUCAAGGUCCCCCACCAUUGCAUUACUUGGAUGUAAUUAAGAAUCAUAAUCUGGAGUAUAUAUUAGGGGAUAGGAAAUAAAGAAACUAGGCUAGGCGGGUGUGAGUUAUCACAAUUUUCUAUGCUGGAACUGUUGGAACAAUAAGCAGGAUUAGCCCAUACCACUGAUGCCUCUCCUUAUACUCCUUCCCCCCCCCCCCAUGUUGGACCGUUACUCCAGUGGAGAAAGAUACAGUGAUGCACAGGUUAUCAUCUGCCUCAAGCUGUUGCAACAAGGGACCUGCCUCACUGUAGCUCUUGUGUUAUGCAAAUUCUUCCAUCCAGGGCCCCCAUCUGUUGGAGUGAUUAAUGUUAUGCUUUUAGCUUGGAGUGCAAAUAUAGUCACAACUAACAUAAAUCAUGCUGGGUAUUUGUCAGUUUAAACUGUUAAAUUGGAUUGUAGCACCACUAGGUUCACACAUUAGGACUGACCAAAUGGUGUUUUUUAUUUUAUUUUAUUGUGGUUUACUAUGGUAUAUAAACCUGGCAUUAUGGUGAGGGAUAAUUAAAUAUUAAAUGAACUUAGCCUACAUCAAAAAAUAAAAUAUUUUCCUUUCCUAUAGUUUUAGGAGACUUUUGCCUUUCUGUGUGUUGCUUCCUUAGACCAUAUAGACCUUUUUUAAGUCAGCAUGUUUUGUUGUAUUCCCUUUUGAUUUAUAAAAGUGUUGUUUUUCUGAAGAAUCAAUGGCCCUGGGCUGCUACUCCAGGAAACAGAUAAUGCAGUGUUUCCUGGGAGAAAGGUUAAGAAGGUCAUCCUUUUAGUAAAGAUGAAGAGGGGUCAGUGUACUUGGUUUAUAGUAAUUGUGAGCUGAUAUGUAAAUUGGGGGCAAUUUGUGAUGACUUCAUGGUGCACCAUCUGUUGGCAAAGGUUUGCUGCCCUGCCAUGUGAGAAGAUGCCCCCUUGAUGAUAUCAGAUCAGUUACUCAUGAUAUCUUAAGUAUCCUUUCAUGCCUACAUAAUGUAGUAUGUAUAUUGUUUAGGGCUUGUGGCACUCUUGGCUGGGAGCUCCGUGAUCAUUAUAGCCUUCACAUGUUCAAUAAAGAAACCUUCACUUG